AAACUUGUUGAACCCACAGCGAAGAAACGUCUUGCUGGUUGCUGCUGCGCGCAUCUCCGUGCAUUGGGUCUGGCCGUUGUCGCCCUUGCCUCACCGGCGUGCCGCACUUCCCCUCCUGCUUGCGUCUCGCCGUCCAUCCAGCCACCGCGGCCUCUCGAGCUCUGAAGGGAUGGCUACUGUGUUGGUGCCGCGAGGCUCACGAUCUCGCAGAGCGGAGGCUUUCUCGGCUCGAUUCGUGCUGGGAUUGAUGAUCUCUUGUACCGAGUCCUGAAUAAGAGAUCUUAGAACCUAGAAUGGGCCUAUGGACAUUGCUGGAGGGUUUUUUGCUUCUCGCAAAUGCAUUGGCGAUACUGAACGAAGACCGAUUUCUUGCUCCCAGGCGAUGGAGCAUGUCUGAAGUGUCAGGAAAUGGGCAAACAAAGUCGUUGAAGGGCCAGAUCGUGGGGCUUAUCUAUGCUACACAAUUUCUGAGGAUGCCCUUGAUAGCCCUUAAUGUUCUUAUCAUUGUUGUGAAGUUGGUGUCAGGUUGAGCCUCACUGUCUGGUUUUGACCGUUGGGUUAGAUUGAUAUCAGUUCCAGCAUUAUGUAAAUGUUAAUUAUAACCAAAGUUGCUGGGAAUUUGUUCAUGUUGACUCUAAUGUUUUUGUAAAUUAAUUGGUGUGAAAUUGGUGCUGCCAACAUUUAUACUAAGUAUGUGUGUGUGCCAGUGUGAUCAAUUUGUUUGAAAUGUGUCUUGUGCGAUACAUGAGGUUA